AUGACUUAUAAAACAGAUUAUGGCAAGACUAUUGACAAAGGUUAUUUACGAAAAUUUCGACUCAUUAGCUCCUGUGCAAUGAUAAUUCCACCAAUUGCUAUAUAUGCAACCGGUGAAUAUGGUGAUAUUAGUGGAGGUAUCAGUCAUGGUAGUGGAACAAUCAAGGGAGAGAGUGCUGACGGAGGAGAUCCUGGUGAUGGGGGUGGAGAAAGUAGCAAUAGACGUCAUUCAGACAGCGAACGUGAUGAAUGUAGCGAAAGUAGAGAAAGUAGAGAAAGUCAAUGCGAUAUUGAUAUGGAUGUCGAUGGUGGUGGAUGUAGUGAAGGAUACAGCGACGGAUGUGGUAAUUUUAGCGGUUACGGAGAAUAA